GUUUCGGCUUAGGAUUUCGUCGUUUUAACAGAGUUUCGCCAUUUCGCCACGAAGAUUUGUCUUCUGUCUUUUUGGGCUCGGUUUUGCUGGGGAUUUGUUGUUUCACCAAAGUUUCAUCAUUUCACCACGAAGAUUCAUCAUUUGUUCUUUUUGAG